UUAACCAAACUCACCAGAUGACAGGUCUCCACUUAGGCUGCCUUUACGCACGGAGAGCGCACGGACUUUGCGGGAGCUAUGCGCGGGGUCACUUCCUUCCAGGCUGUCCGUGGCCUCCUCCUCGCACCGGCGGCCAGCUCCAAGACUCCGCCAAACCCUCGUGAUCCCCCAUUUCCCUCUCUCUACCUUUCCUCUGAAGAAACAACCCGGCGUUACGUCAGAAAGUGCAGGGCAAGCAACUCAGCGUCUUAGGAGCUAUUCGCAGGCAGUGCUGCCAAAGCCCGGCUCGGAGCUGCUGCACGCGCGCACGGCACUCAAUGCAAUUUGCAAAACCAACUUUUUUUAAAGCGGCAGCGGGACGUGGUAAGUCUGUUAUUCAGCUCAUACAAUUUGGUUUCCACGUUUCGCCGCUUUCUUCACGUGACCGGUCUCUGCUGGCUGUGGCACAAUUGCGCAUAAAGCGCCAGCGGUGUAAACGUGGUGGUAAAAGAUACAGAGCGGGCUGGUUUUUACCUUCCCUAACAACAACAACAAAAAUAAAACAACCAUGACAUGAUGCAGCUGCAGAGAUUUUUAACCCUCAGAGAUUUCUGAAACAAUUUUUUCCUCUUUGAUUCUUUGCUGAUCUCAAAAACAACAUGCCCCACGCUCGAAAUAGGAACCCAAGCCCCAUCCCAGAGGUAACAUGGGACACGGGGUUGAAGGAGAUGAACGAGACCUGGAAAGGAGCAAUAGCCUGUCUCGGAGUGGCCGUGUUCUUUGUCAUGACCAUCGGGAUCAUAUACUGGCAAGUGGUGGACCAGCCCAACAAGAACUGGAUCCUCAGGGGGGCUUUCAGCGGACUGAUCUGGGAGAGAAGAACCCACUCGCUGGUCAUACAGACCCUGACUGAUGACAAGACCUACGUGGAAAUAGACGUCGGGAAUGUGGGGAAUCCUGACACGGAGGUUCCCUUUGUGAGGAACCUGUGCUGGCUGAACAAAACGGAGUUCUGCUAUACGUGGGACUCGGUGGCCGAGGUGAAGAUCUCUCUGGAGGUCGAUGAGGAGACGGAGACGGAGUGCUACAGCAUGACAUGGACGCCGGUGCACUGCCAUGUGGAGCUAAAGGACUGUUUCUCCAUGGCCAAUGUGUCGUGGUACGGCGGUGCCAGUGUCCGGGGUCAGAGCUGGCCAAUCAAUAAUCAGAACGUCACCAUGCAACCCUUCAUUGUCAGUGAUCUGAAGGACAAUCCCUCUGGUUUUGGGCUACGUCCUGGUGAGCGCUACUUCCUGGGGUCUUCGGGUGUGGCUGUGUUGGUUUCUCCUGAAGUUCCCCUGCAGCUGGGCUUGGACAGCAGAGAGCAGUUCUGCCUGCAGUCACUGGCGAGCAUGGAGAGGCUCCCGCUGGAGUACACUGUGUGUGUUGCCCACGAUGUGAAAGCUGCUCAUCAGGAAGCGAUGCUGCAACUGUCCCCGCAGAGCCGAGAGCUGCCCAACAUGAAGACACUGUGGCUGCCGUUCUGGAAGCUGCUCCCCAAUGUCGAUUUGGGGCCGAAGGUGGAGAGGGAGCUGAGAACCUUCUCUAAUCGUCUGAGGAGACACCAGCUGGGAGAUGGAGUCAUCACCCUCGAUGAACAUUCCACCACUCUCCUGUCAGAAAUGGACCACAACUACCUCAAUGGCAGGAAAACAGGGAUGUCCAAGAGACUGACCAGGGACCUCCCACUUGUCAAGCUUCUUAACAUUUCCAUCACCCUGUCCCCUUUCCUGGGCGUGGACACCACGCAGUUCCACACGUCCCUCGUAGACGGGACUGAGGCCUACUGGCUCAGUCUCCCCUCAGCAGCACAGGGACAGCUGAUCCCUGUGAUGAGUCAGUGGCGAGGGAGGUUCUGUGUAAAGCUGAACAUCACCAACCCGGGAGCUGUCAGCUGGUUCCUGGACAGAGUGGGAUCCUUACAGGCUCAUGUUGGGAUGGAAUACAUCAUGCUGGAGGGAGGUGAGGGAAAUCUGUUUGAGGAGCAGGCCCUGCGGCCACCACAAGCUCUUGAUGGAGACAAGUACAUCAGCCUGCUUGCUGACCUGGCCACCAGGAUAGGAGACUCCACCAUCAUGACAGCAGGGACACGCUCAAGCCACAAGCCGCUGUUUGUGACCAUGACCCCCUUACAGUCUGACUGGAGCUCACUGGGCCUGAAGGGCAUCAUUACCUCCCUGCUGCACCACGCUCUGCUGGGAUACAACUUCCUCAUUCCUGAUGCAGUAGGAGGUUCUCUGUCUGGAGAGCUGGUCACUGAUGAGGAAUUGUUCAUCCGCUGGUUGGAGAUUGCAGCCUUUCUCCCUGUUAUCAAUUUCCACACACCGCCGUGGGUCUGCGGAGAGGACCGGGUGCUAAACCUGACUCGGGCCUACAUAGCCUGGCACCAGGACUUUGUGGUCCCUGUCAUACAAAAGUAUGCUGAAGAGUGGCGGAUGACAGGAAACCCCAUCUACCGGCCAGUGUGGUGGCUCAGUCCAAGAGACCCCGUGACCUUCACCAUUGAUGACCAGUUCCUCCUUGGAGACGAGGUCCUGGUGGCACCCGUGGUGCAGAAGGGGGCAGUGGAGAGGGAUAUCUAUUUACCUGAUGGGGGCUUCCAGUGGCAGGACAACCGGAACGCUCAGGUGUUUGACGGCGGGACGAUGCUAACGAACUACCCUGUGGCCUUGGAGGAGGUGGCUGUUUUCUUACGGAGAAGCUGAGUCAAAGAUCAGAUCGGCCAAAAGUUAUAAUAUUUGUGCUGUUCUCAACUUGCACUUUUCCACAAAAGACCACUGACUCUCAGAGUCCUGUCUUGAUUACAUGUAGAAAGACGUUUUUUUUUUUUACUUGCACUUUACAAUUUAAGAUGAUUUGUAUUUUGUCCCCUCUGUGAUAGUUUUUCUUCUUUUUUUAUGUUAAUCGGUUUUACCUCGGCUGAUUUGUUUCCAGACUUUUCAAUCGUAAGGAGAAAUCUGUGUGUUUACAUGCUGCAUUUCUACAGUCUUCAAACAUUUAGUUGCUGCUGGCUCUCUUGAUAAGGAGGAACAAAGCAAGCCCACCUUGUUUGCUAAAAAAAAAAAAGAAAAAGAAUUUGAAUCUCUCAAGAAGACCAAAUGAAGAUAUGCAAGGAC